CGACACGCGUCAAACAGCCGUGUCGCCGGCGGACCCCCCAACCGAACGCGGUUUUUAACAGUCAUGACAUGGACGUACGACGCGGUCCAUUGCGCCCGGCCAGAUCUUUACGGCCUUGCCAGAGAGAAGCGCCGAACACGUUAACGCUAUGGAUGCCUUCGUAACGAGGAAGAAGCGGAAGGCCUGUGCGGCCCAAACCACUUCUGGGACAAGCCCCGCCGAUGAUGCACACGAAGAAUCCACGGACAUCAAGCUGGCCAUCCUGUCGUCGCUCCACCCGCACGUCGACCAGGAGGCGCUGCUGGACGUCUUGCUCGCCCACGAUGGCGACGUCGAGGCCACAUCGCGGGCCCUCAAGGCUCCACGCCUACCCAGGAAACCGGGCUUGGGCCCUGCCGUAGCUGCCCAGUCCUCGCUGCGGUCCUUUGCUGUCAGCUCAUCCGGCUCGCUUUCUUCUCCCUCGUCUAAGCGGGCCAAGGUGCUCGCCCGGAAAGGGGCGACGCUGCACCUCUACGACCCCCUGGACAUCAGCGAACACACCCCCUGCACCAUCAUCCACAAUUUCUUGCCGGCAGAGGAUGCAGACCUGCUCCUACGGGAACUGCUGGAGGAGUCCAAGACUUUUGAGAAGGCCACCUUCAAGCUGUUUGACAACGUGGUCUCGAGCCCUCACACCUCGGCCUUCUACGUGGGCAGCUACAAGGAGCUGCAGGAGCAGAAGCACGAAUAUGUGUACAACGGCGUGCGGAUGACGGACGUCCGGACCCUGACGCCGCAGCUCGAGAGAGUCAGGGCCCGCGUGCAGGAGGCCGUCAACAGGGAGAUCCAAGAGCGCAUCCGCACCCGCUACGGGGGGAAGAAGCUCAAAUACCAGUCCCCCGACCCAUGGAUCCCAAACGCCGCCUUUGUAAACUGCUAUAACGGCCCGCACGAGAGCGUCGGCUGGCAUAGCGACCAACUAACCUACCUCGGCCCGCGCGCGGUGAUCGGCUCGCUGUCGCUCGGCGUCACCCGCGAGUUCCGCGUGCGUCGCAUUCCCUUCCCUCCCGCAACCCCAGACCCCAACAAUACCACCACCGCCGCCGCCGCCGUCAACGACGACGACGACGAACACCACCAACCACCCCCCGCCGACCAAGCCGGCGAAGGCCAAGGCGACGGCCAAAUCGCAAUCCACCUGCCGCACAACUCGCUGCUGGUCAUGCACGCCGAGAUGCAAGAGGGCUGGAAGCACGCGGUGCACCCGGCGGCGGCGGUGGACCCGCACCCGGUGGCCGGCGCGCGGCGCAUCAACGUCACGUACCGGCACUACCGCGCGGGCUUCCACCCGCGCGCCACGCCGCGCUGCCCCUGCGGCGUGCCCGCCGUGCUGCGCGUGGUCACCCGCCGCCGGCAGAACUGGGGGCGCUACUUCUGGAUGUGCUACGCCGGCAACGUGCCCGGCCGCGAGGCCUGCGCCUUCUUUCGGUGGGCCGAGUUUGAUGACGAUGGGAAUCCGGUCGGCAUGACGGGUGCGCAGAGUGACGCCUCUGAGGUGAAGGCGGAGGAGGGGGCAGGGGGGAACGACAGAGGUGUCGACAGAGGGGGCGACAGAGGGGGCGACAGAGGGAAUGACAGAGGGGGUGACAGAAGGAGGAGGUGAAGGGAACCAGGAGGGCAGGACUGAAUAAAUAAAUGAAGCAUGGAUG